AUGUUGGACACAAAUGGGAUUCAUUGCAAACUUUGUUGGCUGACGGAUAACGGUUUGGACGCUACAAUUGGGCUUGCGGGAACGAGACAAAAGAUGCUGCGUUUCGCAAAUUUGCAUCAACUACCUUCCUUCCAUUCUCCAAGAAAGCUGCAUAGCAAUUCGAAAAUGAUUAUGGCUAAAAGUUCUCGAACGCUUGGCUUUCCAUUGCGUGACUUAACCGUCACGACUCGAAGCUGUAUCUACUGGCCUGAAGCGUGUCAUGAGCAUCGGCUAUGA